AUGACACCCAGUGGGCAGCAGCAGCCCGAAGCCAGGUCGGCGACCGCAAAGGUCGGAGCGUCGCGGGUUUCGGUGGCCUGCCUCCCAUGCCGGACACGACAUAUUCGUUGUGAUGCCACAAAGCCCAUUUGCAAGCGAUGCGAAGAAGACGGCAAGGAAUGCAACUACACAAAGUCACGACGGGGAGGCCUCGACAGAGCCGCCUUGGCUGCCAGGAGGGAGCGCUUGGCAAAGCAGUCGUCAACGAGCCCGCAGCAUGACCCGGGCAGAGUCGCAGCAGAUCUGCAGCAACCUCUACCUCUAGGUUCAGGCUCAUCGAUACCUGUCUUUCCAGAGUGUUUCCCUGAAGCGAGUGAUUCCUUCUUCGUUGCCUCUUGUCAGGACUCCCCGCGCGCAAACCUAGUUGAUGCUUCGACCUUGUCUGAUUCGGACCUCGAAUCUGACCCCUUCAUAGACUUGUACUACAAGUGCUUUCACACCUUUCAUCCCUUGGUCCUCCCACGGCAUCGCCUACAAGUCUACUCAAGAGAUGCCACCAAGUCGGAGAGGAUCAAACCUGUGAUUUCGGGGAUUCGCUACAUCGGAUCACUGUAUGCUCGUUCAGAUCAAAGCGGUCAACUAGCAGCAAAGGCAGCCAGCGACAUUGCCGACGCAAAAGCUGCUUCAUCACCAUGCCCCUUUUUAUGCCAGGCGCAGCUCCUUUACUCCAUCGUUUUAUUCUGGUCCAGUGAUCGACCUCAGUCUCAAACACACCUUGAUGGUGCCAUAGAUGCCGCGACACUAUUGGGAAUGUCCCGCCAGGAAUUCGCCGACACGCACAGCGACGGAGAUGCUGUUUUAGCAGAGAGCUGGAGGAGAACCUGGUGGCAACUAUACAUCGUGGACUCACACUAUGCAGCCAUCAGACGCGACACGGAAUUUCGUACCAGAGACAUUCCGGCGACGGCGGAUUUACCAUGUGAGGAGCAAGAAUAUAACGCGGGAGUAAUCCCAACCCCGGACUCACUCGCCGAUUUUGAUUCGAGAGAGUUUGCCUCAGACAACCAUGUCUAUUCAUCAUUCGCAUAUCUCAUUGGUGCAACGAGAGGUGUCGCUCAAAUAAUGGCGGCAACACCGCCGGACAAGAAAACCUCGCCUCCAAUCGAGCUUGUAGAGGCAGUGGAUGCCAUGAUAGACGGGUGGUUGCUGCUAUUGCCAGAGUGCAAGAGGCCUCUGAUGUCCAAGACCGGCGAGAUGGACGAGUUGCUCUUCUAUGCCCACAUGAGUAUCCAUGCUUACAUGGUAGGACUUCACCGCCCUUACUCGAACCUGCUAUUCGAUCCGCUGGAGAAGAUCUCGAGUUGCUUCGUGUGCCCGCCAGAGUCCCAUUCAGUCAGCGACACGACAGCCAUUCACACCAUGAGAUGUCUGGCGUCUAUUGAAGCCCAGGUCAGGAUCAUGACGCUCCCCAAGCGCCCGUUUUGCCACAGCCCAUUCACGCUGUGCAUGGUGACCACGGGGACGAUUCCGUUCCUGUCGGCCUGCAAAUUCCUCUUCACCGGCGCCAAGCUGUCGAUUGCCCGCGAGCAGAUCCGGCUGACCAUCGGCUGUCUCAAAUCCCUGGGCGAGGUUUGGCCGCAGGGAGCCAGGACCGUCAAGGAAAUACAAGCCAUUGCCCGCGAGGUGCUGGGCCUGGGCGCGUCUGCCGCACCACGAAGCGUCGUCUUGCCGAGCGAUACGUCCUCGGCCGUCAGCAGCUCUCAACGCAGUCCCCUUUCGCAGAGCGGCAGCCAAAACAGCUCCAUCGACGACUUGUUGUUUCCAGACACGAUGGACAGUCUUUCGUCGUGCUGGGACAUGCAGAAUCAACAGAUAGAUAUGAACUUGUGGUUUUCCAGCUACUGA